GUUUCGAGGCUACGGGCUGAAAGAAUCGCUUGCCAUAUUGAAUGGGGCUUUUUGUAAGCGGCAUCCUUUAUCUUCGAAAGGUUGAAACAUAUUUUCUCAUUACGAAUUCGACUUGUAUUUCAAUUAAAAUCGGUCCAUCGACACUUUCCGGAGUAUCUUCUUUUAUCGAAAUGCUCUAUUUAAUAGAGAGGUCGGAUAAAUUCAGAUCGGUGUUGAAACUUCGAACCGUAGGUGGUAGUCUGUUGAUCGUCUGGAUAGGCAAGUUGCUCAGGGCAAUGUUGAAUUCGACGCGCCAUGUGGCUGAUUCAUCUUUCUCUUUUCCUUUAAUAAUCCACCUUUAGAAAUUCUAGGAAUCUUUGCGUCAUAUUGUACGAGGAGGUUAAUACACGAGUUUUCAGAAUGUUCGCAAGACUGUUCGUGACGUUGGUUUCAUUGGCCGACAAUGGUUCGUCGUUACGCUCGAUUGGUUUCAAGGAUCCCUUCGCGAAUGAUCGACCUUCCCCUUGCGUUUGAAGGAUGGCAAAUGGAAUUGGCAGCGACUCGUGUUUUAGCUAAUUAAGUUCCAACCUUUUGUUAUCACCCACGAUACGGACUAAUCGAGUAAUUGAUGUCGACGAUUCUUCAGGCUUGUGGAUAUUUCAUUUCAACGAAGAUGGAUGUCUAUUGAAACAUAAUUCGCAGUUUAGCUUAAAAGUGUCCUAUGAUCGAUUGAUUUUCGCGAAUACCGAGAAUGGAAGUUAGAGAGGAAAUGGGUCUCGGAUAGCGCGACAAAAAUGGAGUACCAUUCGCUCGUGUCGCCUGAAUGCUUUUUCAAAGGAAACGAAGGUAGACGAGGGUUUAUUGUUCCAAAGGUGAGCGGCGACGGGCGGAAAAAUGGAAGGAAGCGGGACUGGAAUUAGCAGGCUCGACUGCUACGAGGAUAUGUUUAAGGAAAUCACCAGGAAACUGUACGGUGAAGAUCCUGAUCACAGAACGUCGAGCGUACAGAACGAAUUCGAGACCUCGGUUUCGUAUAAGAACGAAGAGGACACAGGAAACGGAACCGACGGUAGCGACGACGGAAACUGGACCUGCGAAGAGGAGCCGCUCAAAGGAACCGACGGUAGUCGGAUCGCAGCAUAUCAUGCUGGGAAAGUUACAUGGAGGUGUUACGAGUGCGGCGACGUGAUGGGGGGCGGACCCCGCGAUGUGGCCGAACACUUCAUGGAACUUCAUUCCUCGCGAAUUCUCGCAGACGACAGCAGGAACAGGCAUAAUUCACCGCGUAAGGAUUACCUGCAGUCGGAAUUGAAAGUCGAGGACGUGAUUUCGUACCUGGAGAGGCUACGCGAGCGUGCGGAGCGAGUAGCGCCGCCGUCCAGAAGGACCCAGGAGACCCAAACCGUACCUGCCGCUUUAUUACCGGUCACCUCGACCUUUCUGCUGCAGGAGUUACCCUCCGCCCCUGCGCCGCAACAUUUGCACCAGAAUACAACGACAAUCCCGACUUCGGCCACGGUGUUGGCGAGCGGAAAACGAUACACCUGUCCAUACUGCCCAUACGGAACCGAUCGUCGCGAUCUGUACACGCGCCAUGAAAACAUUCAUCGCGAGGAGAAGCCUUUUCACUGUUACAUUUGCUACAAACCGUUCAAUCGUGCCGAUCAUGUGAAGAAACACUUCCUUCGGAUGCACCGUGAACACGGUUACGAGUUGUCCAGGAUACGCAGACCGGUUGGGUCCGAUCCACCGAAGCCUCUUCAACAAGAGUCAUCAACUCCGAGCACUGCGAAUGCGAAUACUAAUGGCCAACAACAACAACAGCAGCAGCAGCAGCAGCAGCAGCAGCAGCAACAACAACAACAACAGCAACAACACGCCAAUUACACCUCCGGGUUUAAUAAUAAUAAGAAUUACCAGUUGCAGCCGAAUCCUGGUAAUAAUGCAACUGCGAACACUGCUGCGAUUUAUCAGGGAACCUCGAUGCCUGCACCAGGUAUCAUGCAACCGGAUGCAGGGAAUUGUAACACUGGAAGAAGGGUGCAGAAUGGAGGAUGCAAUAGCAAGAGCCAUCUCAAGGGAGGCUCUAAGGGUGCUCAAGAACGGAGGUACACUUGUUGCUACUGUUCCUGGAGCGGCGUGGACAACUGGUGCCUGAAACGGCACCUGAACACGCACCUUAAACCCUUCGCGUGCACCCUCUGCGAAUACAAAGCAGCCCGCGCUGAACGUCUUGCCACUCACGUGCUUAAGGUGCACAACAGACGGCAGUGCUCGAGAUGUUCCUUCCUCGGCGAAGACGCGGCGCAGCUGCAGAUGCAUCAGUUGCACGUGCAUCGCGUGAGCAGCGCUAAUGCACCUGCGACGUCCACUGCUCAGGCUGCACCGCCGCCGAAUAAUCGUCAUCAACAACCCUUGCAUCCCGCGGGAGGAGGACGACCACCACCUGGUCCGCCAGUUUUUCCAGCACCAGCACCAGCCAUCGCACCUGCUACCACCGUCAUACCACCGACAACGAUACUCGGCCACGAGAUGGUAAACUCCCCUGCAACUGCAGCGACAAUGGCGUACCCGACAUUGGAAGAGGAGAGGCGGUCGAGCGGCCACGAGUACGAGCAUCAUCGUCAUCGUCAACGAGUCCGCAUCGUCGCCGAGCAUCCUGAGAAACAGGAUCCGAAUUUGGACGACGCUACAGUUGCCAGCGUCGAUACCGCGAUCAUACUUAAUCGUGAUUUUGCGUACAGCUAUCGAGCCGUUGCCGAAGCGACCGAGGGUCAGUCAUCCUGGGAGCCAUCCGAGUGCCCUUGGAUCUGGGCCAACCAGAAAAGCCGCAGACGCUCUAGGAAACAGAGCCUGCCGAGAAAGGUGACUUGCAUCCAGGAUUUCGAGGACGACGAGCUACCCUGCCUCGAUGGGAACAAACAGGACACUGGACAAGAGGAUACCACCAACUCGGUGUCCAAUAAGGAAACACCUGAAGUGGAGGUGGUGAACGAACUGAGGAAGAGGUACCGGUGCAGAUCGGAUAGGGAAUUGCUCAAGUGUCGCCUGUGUCCCGACGAUGCACUUGCCAGAGGAUCCAUCUGUCGACCGUAUCAUACCAAAGCUUCUUUAGCGCUUCAUAAGUACUGGAGACACGACAGGCGCAAAAGGUGCCUGACGAACUGUGCGACCAAGCCUCAUCCACCGUCCCGUCUGUCUUCUAUCACGCUGAAGGCUACGGUUUUCACCAGCCCCGAUUAUGGGUACCAUAGAUAGCACUCGGUGUCUAGGGGCGCAGCGAUGCUUAACCGAGGGGGUGGAUUUCAAAUGGCAGCACCGAUCUCUGCCGUUUCUUGAUCAGUUUUUUUCUUAAGGACGAGACUAACUUGUCGGAGUAAAUUGUUUUCUCAUUGAAGAUGCGAUAUAUUUUCUUUUAAAGCAAAAAGAAAUAUAGAAAAAAUGAAGAUAGUGCCUUUUGGAAUCCACCGCUUUAAAAAGGUGUUCUAAAUUGCAUCGCGAGCCGACGUUUCUAUCCCCUCGAGGAUCAAUUAUCGCGGACAUUAGUUAGGCCGACAGCGUAUUUCUAAUUAGAAUUCUGGAUCGAGCUCGCAGCGAUCGUCGUAGCCAACGACAACGAUUUUAAAUAGCAAACGAUCUCGUCGAAAAUAUAAGUGCAAGGAGGUGUUGACGCAGCUACGGCAGAGACAAAGUUUUGCGCUUAUAAGAAUUUUGGAGGAUGUUAACUUUUAAGGGACUACGAAUAAAAUAAACAGCGAAACGUUAGGUUAAGGAACGACUAAUUCGAAAGUACCUCGACAAGCGCGAAUUUUCAUCGCGAACGACCAUCUCGAUGCUCGUUCGAGCCUCCGACGAGGAACGACUAUUUUCCUGUAUAGAUAAUGCGCGAAUUAACGAUAUUAACGUUCGACGAUCGUCUUCAAUCGAUGUCUAAUUGUGCGUUUGUCCAUUGUCCGUCUCUGUAAUUACGUAAUUGCUUUCCCGUUUUGUCGUCAAUGGACUUUUGCGAGCGUAAUGAUGCACUCGACUGUGUGCAGAGAGAACGAAGAUCGGAACGCGUAACGCGAUCCGUGAUUGGCCGGGCGAGCAUGAUUUUUAUAUAAGGGAUAUUUGUACAGAACCACUAUCUUGUUUACGUUAUUACAUAAAAAUAUAUUAUAUCUAUUGUA